AUGGCUGUGGACACACUCCACGGUGCACCUUUGAAUGCCGAGGCUCGGAAAUGGUUGUUCUAUGCUACUCUUCGGCCAUCCGUAGAUGUGGACCAGAUGUGGCUGUUCGAUGUGAACCAUACCGUUGCCAUUUUGCGGCGCGGUCACGUAUUCCAGCUCGUUCUGCCAGGCCCGGGCACACCCCUAUCUCUUCCAGCCAUUCUUACAGCAUAUACCGACAUCCCCGAGGCCUCAAUUGAACCCUUGUUCCCCGUCUGUACCCUGACUGCCGACGAGCGCAAGUCGUGGGCUGAGACUCACCAUGAGCUCAAGCUCGAUCCCCACAACGACGCAGUCCCAGGGGUUCUUGAGCAUGCCGCCUUUGUCGUGCGUCUCGAUGACGAGUCGCCGACAAGCUCUGGGGAGCGACAUAUGCAAUUCCGUAUCAAUGGUCCGCACCACCCUUUUGCCAACCGCUGGCUGGACAAGCCUAUCCAAUUCGUCGUGACCGCCAACGGCUUAUCAGCGGGAGUUUGCAAGCAUGCGAAGCUAGAUGGUAUGAUGUGCGUCGACUGCAUGAAAUACUACGCUACGUCACUAUCGGGAGCCUCAAUCUGGGCUUUCUCCGGAGUUGUGCGGUUUAACCUAAUGCCCACGGCCCACCUUACUGUCCUUCUCGCGGUCUACCACGUUGACCGAAGGACCGUAUCCCCGCCUGUGCGUCCGUUCAUCGAAGCAGCAGCAGCGGUGGACCAAGAUAGCGACAUGGCGCACAUCUGUUUGCUUUUCACCGAGGCCCUCACAGCGCACUCUAGGUCCAUUUCGACUGCCUCACGCGGACGCGGAUUCGUCAACCACAUGUAUGGACUUCUAGGGAUCCUGGCGUCGUCCGAGGAAACCAACGAAAGCGAGGCCAGUCUCCCCCAAAUCUUCCGUUGUGAUGCGUGGGACUCGACCCGCCGCGGUCACCCGGACAGGAUCUCAAGAUCGGCUUCAUGCCCAACGAAGACGACUCGGAAGACGCUGGCAUCGCUUGGGAUGAGGGUGGCUGCCACAUGGAGGCCAGGCAUCUGCGAAACUACAGAGGGCGUCAAGUCUUACGCGGGAUAUAUCUAUCUCCCGCCCGGAUCCCUGGUAGACCUAGGAGAGGAGCAAGACUACCCCAUCAACACCUUCUUUUGGUUCUUCGAGUCGCGAAAAGACCCCGUCAACUCGCCGCUGUCGAUAUGGAUGAACGGCGGACCGGGAAGCAGCUCUUUGCUCGGUCUGUUCGCUGAGAACGGACCCUGCUAUGUCAACUCCGACUCCAAUUCCACAACGUUGAGUGAAUGGGCGUGGAACAAUGAGGUCAACAUGCUGUAUCUCGACCAGCCGGUUCAGGUCGGGUUGUCAUACGACACCUUGCAGAACGUCACCAACGACCUCGUCACCGGCGAAGUCAUCAAGCUGAACAAGACCGACCCAAUACCAGAGCAGAACACUACUCUACUGGUGGGUACGUAUCCGAGUCAGAACCCGAACCAGACUGCGCUGGGCAGCCGAAACGCAGCCAUUGCGCUAUGGCAUUUCGCCCAGACGUGGUUCCAGGAGUUCCCAGCGUACCACCCCAACGACUCCCGCGUCAGCAUCGCCACGGAGUCAUACGGCGGCCGUUAUGGCCCCGAGUUCUCCGCGUUCUUCGAGGAGCAGAACCAGAAGAUCGAGAACGGGACGUGGAGCGACGCAGACGGCGAGAACUACAUCAUCAACCUCGACACGCUCAUCCUCAUCAACUCGUGCAUCGACCGCCAGAUACAAUGGCCAUCGUACCCGCAAAUUGCGUACAACAACACCUAUGGGAUCCAGACUGUCAACGAGACGAUCUACCUGGCCAUGAUGGACGCCCUCGACCGAGAAGGCGGCUGCCGUGACCAGAUCAACGACUGUCGCGCGGUAGCCAGCCUCUCGGACCCGGACAACAUUGGCGUCAACGAGACGGUCAACGCCAUCUGCUCCGCGGCCGAGACCUUCUGCACGACCGAGGUGCGCGACCCGUACCUCGACUAUUCCGGACGCAACUACUACGACAUGGCCUCGGUAGACCCGAGCCCGUUCCCACCCUCGUUCUACAACGGCUACCUCAACCAGCCGCACGUGCAGGCCGCGCUCGGCGUACUCCUGAACUUUUCAUCGUCGUCGUCGACCGUGGCGUCGGCUUUCCGAUCCAUUGGCGACUACCCGCGCCCCGGGUGGAUCGAGGACCUGGCCUACCUGCUCGAGAGCGGCGUCAAGGUGCACCUGAUGUACGGCGACCGCGACUUCGCGUGCAACUGGAUGGGCGGCGAGGCGGUCAGCCUGGCCAUCAACUACACGGGCACGGAGCGGUUCAACGCGGCCGGGUACACCGACAUCGUCGUCAACGACUCGUACGUCGGCGGCCAGGUGCGGCAGUACGGCAACCUGUCCUUCUCGCGCGUGUACGAGGCAGGCCACGAGAUCCCGUCGUACCAGCCCGAGACGGCAUACCAGAUGUUCACGCGCGCGCUGUUCAACCUGGAUAUCGCGACCGGGACUGUCGACACGGCGGCGGACCCUGAGUACGCGACGAAUGGGAAGGCGGACACGUGGGCGCAUAAGAACGAGGACCCGGCUGACUUGUUGCAUUACUGCUAUAUAUACGAUACGGCAACUUGUACCGAGGAGCAGAUCGAGAGCGUCAGGAACGGCUCGGCGACUAUCGUGAGCGGGAUAGUGCAGGACAAGAACUCGACGCAGCUGUUCCCUGAGGUCUUCGCUGGCGUCGGCAAUUUCACGGGCAGUUCCACUUCAACGGUCAUUCCGACCGCUACAGCGACUAGCACUAUAACUCCGACGGAUUCUGGAGCCAGUGCUACGCCGACAGAGAGUUCUUCUGCCGUGAGUUGGCAGCUCGGUGCUGGGAUCCAAAGUGCAGGCUUCUGGACUGUUGUUGCUGCCCUGGUACAGGCUAUUCUGGUUUGA